AAUCCCCAUGGAGAGAUAAAUGCAGACAUGUGCAUGUGGUUAACACUGCAAGUACAAGGAACUAGUCUAGAAGUAAAGUGGUUGUGGUCAGAGUGUCAAUUUCCUGCCCAGACAUGUUCAACACUGAGCAGCAAAGCCUCUGCACUCCCACCGUGGACCCGAGAAUCUCCUUCUCCAACGACUCCUUGGAGAUUCAACAAUCUGCUACCAAGCAUGAAAACACCUACAGAGAAGCACCCGUUUCCUCGGAAUUCGAUUUCUGUGUGAAAAACUACACCAUGAUGUCUGCAGAUGAGUUGUUCUUCAAGGGCAUGCUGUUGCCUGUGAAGAAUAGCUGCAUCAAUCAGCAACGAAAGAUGACUUUAAGAGAUGAACUCUCUGUCGAUGAUGAUUAUGAAGAUGUGUCUCCGAGGAUACCGAAGAAUGGCAACCGGUGGAGGGAGCGGCUGGGCUUCAAAAAGGGUCUCUCCUCGUCUAAAAAAUAUGAUGGGAGUGAUGAAGUGAUGGAAACUGUAGUCGAAGAGAAGAGGCCUGUGUUUGUUCAUGAGAAUGCUUUCUUUAGCAAGAAAACGCAGGAACUACUCUUUGAGGCCUUGAAGGAAGGUUAAGUUGCAGGAGCAAAUGGAAUAUGAUGUGAUCAAUAACAGAUAGAAGUAAAGGAAGUUGUAAAGAAAUAGCAGCGGUAAUCAUGAUGGGAAAGGGACUGAUUGUCUUAUGUCUUGCUAAUAAUUGGUAUUUCAUGUUUGCUAAUUGUGAAAGGUAUGGUAUGGAGAGUGGGAUCCAUGGUGUAUGUUGAGGUUUGAUUUAACUGCUUUAUUUGCUAAUUCUUUUGGUUUUAUC